UAAUAAUCUAGUGACGUCAGCUGCAUGUGCUUCACGUGUUAAAUAAGUUUAAGCAGAAAUGAAGACUAAAAAGAAGAUAAAGGCACAGAAAACCAAGUCUCCUGUCGACCGAAAUGAUGAUGAGGAAUUAUCUGGUCUAGUGAGCGGUAUCCAUGACGAUGGAGGAGAAAUCGAGACUGCUGGCCUUGGAGAUGGGGAAGACAUCCCUGCAUCAGAGAUCAGUGAUGUCAUCAAAAAACUGAAGCUUGACAGGUUCAAAGAUAUCGCAAAGAAGCCAAAGGAGAAGCCUGUCCAAAAGCAAGAUAAGACUGCAGGACAGACUGCAGGACAGAAGAACAAGAAGCAACUUCAGGAUAAAACUCAGAAGAAAGACAAAAUUCAAAGAGAUGACAAACCAAAAGAGGACAAACCUCAAAAGAAGGACAAUUCUACACCUGGUACACCUGCUACUAGCAAAAAGAACCAAAAGAAGAAAAACAACGAAAAACAAAAGGAUGGUGGAAAUCAAAAUAAAGACAAAAAUCCUCCAAGUGGUGCUGCAAAGACUCCAAUAAAAGAAAGGACUGAAAAGCCUGCUCAAGUAGAAAAGCAAAUUAAAAAUGAGAAGAUCAAAGGAGCUUUGAGCCUGGAAGUUCCAAAGACAUCUUCAAUUUUGCUUCCCACUGGGACCAAAUGGCAUUCAAUUCAGGAUGGAGUGAAAGCAACCGGCAGUCCAGCAGUAUCAUCAGAAGGAGUCGUCUCAUCUUACAUGGAAUAUGCUACCAAGCUCUAUGACCAGGAAGUAGAACUCCAUGCUGCCAAGAAAAGCAGUGAUUCCGGUUCCCAGAGCAGGUGGAUGCAGACCGUUGCCAAGUCAGGGGCACUCUCAGACAAGGUAGCCGCUCUGACCCUGGAGGUCCAGGGAGCCCCCAUCCACACUCCCCUCAGCCUAGAUGCCCUGCUGGCCAUGGUGAAGAAGAAGGGACGCAGGGAGGCCCUCAUAGGGCUGGAUGCGGCCAAGAGGCUCUUCCUGGAAGAGUUGUUGCCUAGCAACAGAAGGUUGACGACAUUUGCACAGCAUUCAUUUGAAGAUCUGGAGAAGAGGUGCAGCAAGAAUCGACUAAGCCGUGACAAACAGGUCUUAUUGUGGUUCUUUGAGGAUCAACUUAAACAGAAAUAUGGAUCUCUCCUGGACAUGAUAGAGAAAAUGCUUCAGGAUACAGUGAGUGCCAUCAAGGCUAAGGCUCUAUCUUGUUGCUAUGAGUUAAUAGUAAACAGACCAGAAGAAGAGAAGAGGUUACUGAGGUUGAUAGUGAACAAGGUUGGAGACCCUGAUUACAAGGUUGCUGCUAAAGCUGUUCACUGGCUGCAGAAGCUAGUUGAUGUUCACUCCAUGAUGAAGAUCGUUGUUGUCCAAGCUAUAGAAGAGUUGCUCUUCAGACCAAACAUCAACACAAAAGCACAGUAUUAUGCCGUGUGCUUCUUAAAUCAGCUUGUUCUGCAUCCAGAAGAGGAUCAGCUUGCAACCCAACUCAUCAUUGUCUACCUCUCAUUCUUCAAGGCUUGCACCAAACAGAAGAAGAUUGAUAACAAGAUGUUAUCAGCAGUUAUCACUGGAGUACAUCGAGCAUUCCCUUAUUCUAAAGAAGAUGAGAAGGUUCAUGAGCAGCUAGACACCCUUCUCAAGGUCGUUCAUCAGACGACCUUCAACACCAGCAUCCAAGCUCUUCUAUUGAUCAAACAGGUCUUAGACAAGAGGCAAUCGACCAUGGAUCGGUUCUACUCAGCCUUGUAUCGUAAGCUCCUGGAUCCCCAUCUCUCCUCGUCUCCCCGUCACGCCAUGUUCCUCAACCUUCUCUACCAAACACUCAAGAGCGAUGAUGUCAUCAACAGGGUCAAGGCCUUUGUGAAACGUCUUCUGCAAGUGUGUAGCUGGCAGCAGUCUCCCUUCAUAGCUGCAGUCCUAGUCCUGGUCUCUGAACUCAUCAAGGCCAAACCAUCCUUAGGAAAGGUCAACUCAUGGAAUGAUGAUGAUGAUGAAGAUGAAAAUUUCAUGGAUGUACAAGAAGAAGAAGAUGAUGAUGAGGACAAAGAAGGAGAGGCUGAUGCUAAGGGCAAAACAACAUCACAUCCUGAGAAACCCAAACCCAGCAGCAAGGACAAAGCAUCCUGGGUGCAUAGACCAGUCAGGCCCGGUGGGAAGGAAGGUGUACCUUCUGGUUAUGACCCGCUAGCCAGGAAUCCUCUUCACAGUCAUGUGGAUAACGCUGUCAUGUGGGAACUCAAAGUGCUGUCGAAUCACUUCCAUCCAUCAGUAUCCCUGUUUGCAUCUCAGCUCCUAGCAGGAUCCCUUGUCUUCUACACAGGCAACCCUCUACAGGACUUCACACCAGGUCGCUUUCUAGACAGGUUUGUCUACAAGAACCCCAAGCAGAAACAAAUUGGAAAAGAAUCUGUGAUGCAGCCCAAGUCUAGAUCGUAUAAACCCCCAGCUAUCAGGAGUAUGCCAGUCAACAGCAAGAACUUCACAAGCAUGACAGAGGAGAGUGUUCCCAUUGAUGAAAUGUUCUUCCACAGAUUCUUUUCUCAGAAAGAUCUAAAGGAUAAGAAAUCUAAAGACAGUAAGAAGGACAAGAAGGCAGAUAGCCAGGACAACGAAGAUGGAAAGUCAGAUGAUGAAGAUGAAGAAGAAGAUUUCGAUGAGAAGAUAACAAGCAAUGCCAACAUGGAGGCGCCAGAUGAAAUCGACAGUGAUGCUUCUAGCGUGGAUGAUGACGAAUUUGACAGGAUACUUGAUGAGAUUGAGGGUGGUCAAGAGGAUGAGGAGGAUGACAUUGAUUUUGCUCGAGAAUUCCAGAAGAAGCCCUCCAAGAAGUCUAAGAAGAGGAAAGCAGAGGAAGAUGAUUCUUCCUCCGAUGAUGAUGACGAGGAUGAUGAUGAGGAAGAUGAUGUUGGAAUGGAAAGUGAUGAUGAUGAGGAGGAGGAGAUAGGAGAGAGUGCAGACGUGGAUGGGUUGGAUGAGGAAGCCUUUGACAUGUCUGAUGAAGAAGAGGAACUUUCACCAGUCAAAACAAGCAAGAGGAAACAAAAGCAGGACAAGAAGAGUGCCAAGAAACAACGGAAGAACACACAAGAACUUGGUGAUGUUACUGAACAGAUUUCCAGCAUGAUUGAUGAAAAUGUUGGAUCUAAGUUUGAUGUCGGACUCAAUGCACUUGCCAACAAAGACAAAGCAGACAUGAAGCAGCUCCGAUGGGAGAUGGAUCGUGAUCGAUGGGUGAGAGGAGUGGAUGCCAGGACCAAGGUCAGGGCCAAGAAGCUGCAGAAAGGACCCAAGGCCAAGGGCUUCAGGGGAAGGGGUAAAAAGAGAUGAAAAGAUGGACGGCUUGGAGGAGGAGGAGAUGUUGGAAGCGGAAGAAAGGAAGAGAGGUCUGAGACGGUGGAUGGAGAUUUAGCUCUAGAAAGCUAAAACAGGAGCUCUAAAAUAUUUAUGAUAAGAACAGUUCUGGUGAAACAAGAAGGAAAUAUAAGAACUGCUGCUUUGACAUCUUACAUUCCCCUGAGAAAAUAUAAUGCGAGCUUUUGUGAUAAUACAAAAAAUUUCCUACACUGGUCUGCUAGGUGUAUCAUUCAUCAAGCUUCCUGAAAUUCACGACCCUGCAUUAAAUAUGACAGAUGAUUCAAUGUGCCGUUUUAAAUCAAUGUUGAUUUUGAUUAUGUCAUAGGAUUCGUCUUCAUAUCUGACCGAACCUACAUGUAUAUAUAUAUCCUUAGCACACAACAUAAACAAGUCAUGACUUUGCCAUUCCCCUCCCCUUCUUGAAGGUAUUCAUGACCCCCCUCCCUAAAAAAAAAUAAUAAUAAUACAGUGGAACCUCGUUUUAACGAAACCUUUGGGACAAUGGAAAUUACAUGUACCUUGUUAUAUCAAGGGGAAGAAAAAAAAAAUUAAAAAGAGCUGGGACCAGCAAGAUCACAUUGUAAUCGUUUGUUAAAGCUCUUUGUAAUGAGGUGCCACUGUAAUGAUAAAUGAAAAAUCCUUAAGUUGGAUAUUUCUGACGAAAUGCCAGUGACAGUAACCUCUCAAAUGGUUAAGUUUAAAUCACAUAUGAAAUGAUCCAGAAAUUUGAUAUUUCUAAUAUAGGCUACAUUUUAAAACAAGACAAUGGGGCAUGCACCCUAGUAUGUGCGUGUGUAUUUAAUUUGCAUUUGCUAUGAAAGAUUGCAAGUUUUUGAAAUUUAUAUGAUUUUGAAAUUGUAGUCACAGGGUGAUUUUUUAAAAUAAAGUCAAAAGGAUCGUGCCGGGCAAAAAAUAAGAUCACUGUAGAAUGCAAGAACUUUACUGAGAUUUUCCUGUACAUUGUAAAACUUUCAGAUAAGAAUAUCAAAGACUUUUUAAAAUCAUGUACUUGUGUAUAUACAAUACAUUGAGAUAAAAAUAAAUACAUUUGAACAAAGACUUAACAGUUUGGAAUGAUUUUUAUUGUUGUCGAAUUUCAUUAUAUAUAUAUGAACACGUACAAUAAUUUAUAAUGAUUAAUAUUCAAUACAUUUCGCAUUCGAAUUGGAAGCUAUAAUUCUACCACGUGUACUUAACAUUUUCAAGCAUGGUUACAUGUUAAGCUUUUCAUGAAUCUAAUUAAAACAUUGAUAAUUAUGAUUUUGUUAGUACAUUUACUUACUUCAUAAUUU